AACAGUUGAAAAGCGUUAUCCAUCAUCUUCAUUUAGUGAGCAAGGUUUCCAUGGAUUUCUUCCUGGGUAGCCCUCUUUCCAUCACAGCUUUAGCUAUAAUUCUGGGAGUUCUUACUGUUGGAAUUCUGGGUAGAAAAUUGAAGCAAAAGAAGAAGUAUCAUCCAAUUGGUGGCACAGUAUUCAAUCAGCUCCUCAACUUCAACAGAUUGCAUCAUUAUAUGACUGAUCUUGCUACCAAACAUAAGACUUACAGGUUGAUUUCCCCUUUUAGAAAUGAGGUUUACACUGCUUAUCCUCCCAAUGUUGAAUAUAUUCUUAAAACUAACUUCGAAAAUUAUGGCAAGGGCUGGUAUAAUUACGAAAUUCUUAGGGAUUUACUAGGGGAUGGAAUUUUCACAGUUGAUGGUGAUAAGUGGCGUCAACAGCGAAAGUUAUCUAGCUAUGAGUUCUCAACAAAAGUUCUGAGAGACUUUAGCAGUGUUGUUUUCAAGAGAAAUGUCGCAAAACUUGCUCAGAUUCUGUUUGAAGCUGCAAAUUCCAAUCAGAUAAUGGACAUGCAAGUUCUGUUUAUGAAAUCGACCUUAGAUUCUAUAUUCAAAGUUGCUUUUGGAGUUGAAUUAGACAGCAUGUGUGGAUCAAGCGAAGAAGGCGACCAUUUCAGCACUGCUUUUGAUGAUGCAAGUGCAAUGACCCUCUUUCGAUACGUUGAUGUUUCAUGGAAGAUCAAGAAGUUUCUUAAUAUUGGAUCAGAAGCUACAUUAAAGAAAAAAAUUGAAGUGGUUGACACUUUCGUAUACAAGCUAAUUCGUAACAAGAUUGAACAAAUGAGCAACCCACAAGAUGAUUCUUCUCAGAUGAAGAAAGAAGACAUUCUAUCAAGGUUUCUUCAAGUAACUGAGACUGAUCCAAAGUAUCUGCGAGAUAUAAUUCUAAACUUCAUAAUUGCUGGCAAAGACACAACAGCAACCACACUUUCGUGGUUUAUUUACAUGCUCUGCAAGCAUCCUGCUGUGCAGGAAAAAGUUGCACAAGAAGUGAAAGAAGCUACAAACGUUAAGGACAAUACAAACUUUGCUGAGUUUGCGGACAGUAUUACUGAAGAAUCUCAAGAACAGAUGUAUUAUCUUCAUGCAGCUAUAACUGAAACCCUUAGACUGUAUCCUGCUGUUCCAGUGGACGCGAAGAUAUGCUUUGCCGAUGAUACUUUGCCAGAUGGGUUCAAUGUGAGUAAAGGUGAUAUGGUAGCUUACCAACCUUAUGCAAUGGGCAGGAUGAAAUUCAUUUGGGGUGAUGAUGCAGAAGAAUUCAAACCGGAGAGAUGGUUAGAUGAGAAUGGAAUAUUUCAGAAAGAGAGCCCUUUCAAAUUUACAGCCUUCCAGGCGGGUCCAAGAAUUUGUCUCGGGAAGGAAUUCGCGUAUAGGCAGAUGAAGAUCUUCUCAGCAGUCCUGUUACACUUUUUCGAGUUCAAAUUGAGCAAUGAGAAGGCAAUUAUCAAUUACAGGACAAUGAUUAAUCUUCACAUGGAUGGAGGCCUCCAUGUUCGAAUCCUCCAAAGACGUGGAAGUUAACUUUGUAUCUAUUCUAUUGUAUAUUAAGCAAUGGACAUAAAGUCUGCAAAUAAUCAAAAGCUUUUAUUAGCUGAUACUACAGCUUCUUUAUGCUUA